GGGAAAUUUGGUAACAAGAAAACAAACUCCCACGGACUGAAACUGGGAAAGGAGCAGGGAAUUUUUAUUUACAAAAAAGAUUUUGUUGUAGCUUAUUGUCAAAUCAGGCAUGAGUAGAGGCACUGAUGUUAACCGUCCCUCUUCACUCCUUGAUAACGGAGAAAAUAGUGAUAUAUUCGCGAUCAUAGGGCGAAGAAGUGUGAGCUUAUCUACUACUGUGGUUCAAGUGUUCCAUUGUUUACCCAAUCAAAACCAUUGGCAAAAAAAAAUUGUUGGUGUGGCUUGCUUUACAAAAGAUAACCAAAAGAAAUCUUAUUUCAUACGAAUUGUUGACCUCUCGAAAAGAAUCAUAGUUUGGGAACAAGAAUUAUACAACCAGUUUAAAUAUAAUGCACCAAGACCUCAUUUCCAUUCCUUUGAAGCAGAUGAUUGCAUAGCCGGUCUUAAUUUUGCAGAUGCCAAUGAAGCUCAGCAUUUUAAACAUGUUAUCGAAGAAAAGUUGAGGGCUAAACAACAAAGAAAGAAUGAUCGAAGACAAACUAUGGCACGGCGUGGUACAAGUUCUGCCAACACCCAAGGCAAUGUUUUGCAACCCAUCAACAACAAUGUCAACCAACGAGCUUCACCUUCACCUACUAUCAGCCCAUCAAGUUCUUCUAAUGAUCUGAAAAAGAAAGGUGGUAAGGUAAAGAAGAAAACAAGAUUAACCAAGGAUGAUAUUGGUACUCCUUCAGAUUUUAGACAUGUUGGUCAUGUUGGUUGGGAUCCAAAAGGAGGAUUUGAUGUAGAUAAUAUUGAUCCCCAAUGGAAGAAGCUAUUUGACACCAUUGGUGUUACAGCGAAACAACUUCAGGACGAAGAAACAUCUCAGUUUAUUUAUGAUUUUGUUGAAUCUCAUGGAGGUAUUGAAAAGGCUACAAAAGAACUUGAGAAAGCAUCACCACCAACACAAGCUGCACCUCCUCCCCCCAUGAGGACAGCUCCACCUCCUCCACCACCACCUUCACGUGGUGGUCCUGCACCUCGUGGAGCUGCACCACCACCACCACCACCACCAAUGCAUCAACGAGGUAUACCUAGAACAGCUCCACCUCCACCACCCUCACAUCUAUCUGGGCCACCAACUGGAAGACAUGGUGGCAGACCACCUAUUGGUGCUGCCCCUAAGGCACCACCACCAGCCCCUCCAUCUUCACGAAAUGUACCCCCACCCCCACCACCUACUGGAGCACCUGCUCCCCCACCACCACCACCUCCACCUACGGUUGGCCCAGUUCCACCCCCACCCCCACCUAUGAAUACUGGACCACCAAGCAGUGGUCCUGGCAGAGGUGGACUGUUGGACCAGAUUCAUCAAGGGAAACAACUAAACAGGGUUGAAGUUAACGACAAACCUGCUGGUGGAGAUGGACGUGAUGAUUUAUUGUCUGCUAUUAGGAAAGGUCGCCAAUUAAAAACUGUGUCACAAAGUGAAAUAGAACAAGAUCACUCCUCCUCAUCAGAUCUUGAUGGAAUGGCAGGUGCACUUGCAAAAGCUUUGGCUCAACGAUCUGCUCAUAUUCAAGUUUCUGAUGAUGAUGAUGACGAUGACGAAGAUGAUGACUUUGACGAUGAUGACUGGGAUUAAUAAGUGACAAUUUUCGACAGAUUUGUCAUUGUGUUGAAUUUACGUUAUCUGGCAAUUUCAGUCUAUUUGUACUGUAUGCAGUUAAGGUGAGGCGGUAUUACAAAGAUGAAUUUAGCCUCUUACUUACAGACCCAGACUCUCUUUUUUUGCUUUUUACCUCCCUGAAGUAGCUAAAUCUAAAAUUGAUUUGUAAGGAGAGUCAAUAAAAAGUCUAUUAGUAAUUUUUGCACUGUUUAUGUAAGUAUUAAACUUCAAGUUAGUAUAAAUUUUUAUUGUUAUACAUUUUUUCUAAUUAUUCCUAUAGAAGCGGAAUAUUUGCAUUCUUUUUGAUAGCCCUCUAGCCACAAAAAAAGUCAAAUAACUAAUUGUUUUGAAGUGUCUCAUGGCUGAAUAAUCCCUCAUUCUCUUAAAUACCUACGAUAAAUCCAAGAUUGCUGAUAUUUUGAAACAAGGAAGUCUUAAUUGGUAUUUACAGCUUAAUUUUGAAAUAUGGAAAUUAUACAAAUCUCUCAACAGCUUCAAGUGAAAUGUUCAUACGUUGAGACUUACCUAGAUGUAUUUCUGUGAUUUUUAAAUAUUGAAAACCAUUAGGGAAAAGUAAAUCUGUCAAAUACACGUCUUUUCAAAUAGACGUCCAAUGCUCACGGUGUUUAAUGCGUAUUGUUGUUCUGUUUUUGCUUUUAUUACAGCUGGUCUGUUUUUGUUUUUGUUAUUAUAUGUUCGUAUUUUCUGCUAGUUGCACCUGUUUGGAUUAGUAUGUAUCUUUGAAUAAAUAAAUACAUUUAAAUUGUUAAA